CAACUCGAUUCUCUUUUUAGCUAUGGAGUACCUGUCCUCGUCACUCUGAGAAGGCUGUGCAGCAUCGUUUGGGUGUUGUUUGUUGAGCUGGAUAGUUGUUUGUUCUGGGGCGUCGAAAUGGCGCAGGAUUUAGAAGGAAUUUAG